AUGACUUCCAUCAGCGCCGAGAGCGAGCCGGAUCGGCCGAAGCAGGAAAAUGGCAAGUCCGUUGGUGUUGUCCAGUCGGACAUGCUCAAGCGAGCAGGCAAGAAAUGGGUCAUCACAGCGUUUGUCGGUAUCUAUAUCUUUACUUUUAUCGACACUUUCAACAAGUACUCGACGAGCACUUACAGUGCGUAUGCGACAAGUUCGUUCAAGGGGCACUCUCUCCUGAGUGCCUCCCGUGUGGUUGAGACAAUUGCUGGGUUGCUCGCCUAUCCGAUAAUUGCUCGUCUCUCUGACAUGUUUGGCCGCUUUGAGCUCUUCACGUUCUCUAUCUUUCUUUCCAUCCUGUCCUUGGUCUUGCUUGCAGCAUGUACCAAUAUUGAAACCUAUUUUGUCGGAGGUCUCUUCGAUUCCAUUGGAAGUGUAGGAUUCGGCAUCACCCAGCAAAUUUUCAUUGCCGAUUUGACGGGUCUUCGAAACAGAGGCAUCUGGCUUUCUCUCCCAGAAACCCUCAGCGCUAUUCCCACUCUUUAUCUCGGUACCAUUGUCGCCCAGGCUUUCCUUGAUCAUUCCACCUGGCGCUGGGGUUAUGGAAUGUGGGCCAUCGUCACGCCAGUCCUUGCCAUCCCGCUGCUUGGCACGCUCUUGGUCCGGAAACUCAAGGACAGGAAAGUAUUAGACGUCAAGGAAGCGACCGCCCCCAAGGUUCUCCGCAACGUGCGUGGAGAUGACGCCCUCUGGCGAAAGCUCUACGUCGUGAUCUGGCACGAGCUUGAUUUACUCGGAUGCCUCUUGCUCAUUGCCGGCCUUUCUCUCAUCUUGGUCCCUGUAUCUCUCACGGGUUCCCAAAACAGUGCAGCAUGGGGCAAGGGCAAUUUCAUUGCAAUGGUUGUGGUGGGGGCCGUUUUGUUCGUGUCCUUCUUCGUCUGGGAUGCUCGGUUUGCCAAGGUGCCUUUCAUUCCCUUCCGUCUGGUGAAGCACAAGACCAUCAUUGCGGCCUGCGUCAUGUCCUGCUUCGACUUCAUGCACUACUCUCUCUUCGCGGUGUUCUUCCCAAGUUACCUUCAGGUCGCUGGCCAUUACUCGGCCGGUCACUCGACCAGAAUCGAUAAUUCCCUUCGAGUUGCCUUCCAGAUUUCCUCUAUGGUCGGCGCCAUUGGCAUGCGCUACACUAAGAGAGCCAAGCUCUGGGUUCUGGUUGGUGUGCCCAUGUGUCUCCUAGGACAAGGUCUGCAAAUCUACCUCGUCAAUAUUGACGGAACACGGAGUGCCAACGAGGCCUCCUUCGUCACGGCAAAGGCUCUUGUCGGUGUCGGCAGAGGCUUCUACCAAACAGCUGCCCAAGUUGCCGUCCAGGCGGUUGUAGAGCGAGAUGAGGUCGCUAUUGCAACAGCUGUGUUCUUCGCCAGCAUGAAUCUGGGAGGAGCCAUCGGCACGAGUAUUUCCGGGGCCAUCUGGAGAUCCAACCUUCUGCCGAAAUUGACCUCCUACCUGCCAGAAAAAUCCAAGGCGCAGGCAACAAAGAUCUUUGGCUCGAUUGUCGUAGCGCAGAAGUACGCAGCAGGUACAGACGAGCGCGCUGCUAUUGAUCAAGCCUAUCGCGAGACGCAGAAGCUCUUGGCCAUUGCGUCAACGUGUGUGCUGAUACCCAUGCUCGUUGCCAUGUGGUUCAUCAAGAAUGUGGAUCUAGCCGCUAACGAGAAGGAGGAGGAGGAGCAUGAGCGCCAGCAGCGGGAGCGUGAAGAAAGCGAGGAGAGAAGCCAUGCAACAGAGAAGGUUGUGGCUGGACCUGAUAAGGUCUAG